UGCUAUCGCUCUCCCUCUCUCAUGGAACCUCCCACCAGCAGCUGCAGCGGCGGCGGCGGCGGCGGCAGCAGCAGCAGCAGCAGCGGAAAAGUCAACAAAGGAACUGAAAACUCAAACAACAAGUGGAAAGCCGAAGAAGCAAUUGGUGGAAAUAAAGCGGCUCUCGAAGCUUUAAGAGAGCUCAUUACUUUCCCUCUUCUAUACUCGCGUGAAGCUCAGAAACUCGGUCUAAAAUGGCCAUCAGGUUUGCUUCUGUACGGUCCACCAGGAACCGGAAAGACAAGUUUGGUACGAGCAGUUGUACGCGAAUGCGGGGCGCAUUUAAUUGUCAUUAGUCCACAUUUCGUUCAUAGAGCGCAUGCUGGAGAAAGCGAGAGAGUUCUACGUGAGGCUUUUUCUGAUGCAUUGUCUCAUGCUGUGGCAGGCAAGCCAUCAGUUAUUUUUAUUGAUGAAAUUGAUGCCUUGUGUCAUCGUCGUGAUUCAAGACGGGAGCAAGAUGUUCGUGUAGCCUCUCAACUAUUUGCUUUGAUGGAUGCCAACAAGCCCUCAUCUACAUCUUCAGCACAAGUUGUUGUGAUUGCAUCAACUAAUAGAGUGGAUGCAAUUGACCCUGCAUUAAGAAGAUCUGGUCGUUUUGAUGCUGAAAUAGAAGUUACUACACCUACAGAAGAGGAGCGAUUGCAAAUUCUCAAGCUCUAUACAAGGAAGCUUCAUUUGGAUCCUAAUGUUAACUUACAUGCUAUAGCUGCAUCUUGUAACGGAUAUGUUGGGGCUGAUUUGGAAGCUUUAUGUCGUGAAGCUACCAUGUCUGCUCUUAAUUCUUUGGAUACAAGUGAAGAUGCUGGUGUGCAAUUAACGAUGGAUGACUGGAAGCAUGCUAAAUCUGUGGUUGGCCCUAGCAUAACGAGAGGCGUGACAAUGGAAAUCCCCAAAGUGUCUUGGGAAGAUAUUGGUGGACUGCAUGAUUUAAAAAAAAAGCUCCAACAAGCUGUUGAAUGGCCUAUCAAACAUUCUGCUGCAUUUGCAAGGAUGGGAAUAUCACCAAUUCGUGGAGUUCUUCUGCAUGGACCUCCAGGAUGCUCAAAAACCACUCUUGCUAAAGCUGCAGCUAAUGCUGCUCAAGCUUCCUUUUUUUCCUUGAGUGGUGCAGAACUCUAUUCAAUGUAUGUUGGAGAGGGGGAAGCAUUGCUGCGCCAUACAUUUCAGAGAGCUCGCCUUGCAGCACCAAGCAUAAUAUUCUUUGACGAGGCUGAUGUUGUUGCUGCAAAAAGAGGUGGGACUUCAAGUAACAGCACUACUGUAGGAGAGAGGCUUCUGUCAACGUUACUGACUGAAAUGGAUGGUUUAGAGCAGUCUAAAGGAAUUCUUGUGCUGGCUGCCACAAAUCGUCCUUAUGCAAUUGAUGCUGCACUUAUGCGCCCUGGACGCUUUGAUUUGGUGCUAUAUGUGCCACCACCUGAUUUUGAGGCUCGAUAUGAGAUACUUGGUGUUCACACACGUAAAAUGAAAAUAAGUAAUGAUGUUGACCUGAGAAGAAUAGCAGAAGAUUCUGAGCUCUUCACCGGGGCUGAGCUGGAGGGCCUUUGUCGGGAAGCUGGUAUUGUAGCUCUGAGGGAAAACAUAUCUGCCAAUGUCGUAUGCAAUCGUCAUUUCCAGAGAGUAAAGGAGUCAUUAAAACCAGCUUUAACAAGAGCUGAAGUUGAAAGAUAUUCAUCAUUUAUGAAGACUAAACAAAAGAGAUCUGGCGCAAUUGAAUUUGAUCGGAAACCCAAUACUGAGUGCAAAAGGAAUUUGUUGGAUUCAAUGCUUUCAGUCAAAGUUGGUGUUCUUAGCUUAGUAUUACUUGCUGCUUCUAAAUAUUUUCUUAUGUUUACCAAGUCAGCCAGACCUGAUGUACCAGCAACCUGAAAAAGCUGGUUACCUAUCUUUACAUGACUGUGGGGGCUAUGCUUUUCUUUCCAGAUUCUCAUUAUUUACUAGGGAAAUUAUGUUUUGAGCUGGUCUCUUACAGAUCGCCUUGUAAGUUUUGUGUUUCCUUGAAAGUAAUUGUGCCAAUAUCUUUGGG